CAAAAAAGGUUUCUGUAUCGGCCUAGACCAGGAUAUAUCAUUCCAUGUUGUAGAGUAGAGAAGCCGACUUCAGGAUCUUGCUCUGAGAUUCCACCCUCAACUUUUAAAUUCCGUGGCGAGAACUAUUUCAAUUGGUCCACCAUCCAGAGAUAACGAAAGCAAACUGCUCUGAACUACAGUCCAUAUACUCCAAUAGGUGUUGAAGUGUUUGUAUGCCCAAAAAGAUACAUCACAUUGCCGAGCAUCUUGAGCUUCCCAAAGUGAAAGCAAAUGAGAAAGUGUUCAUUGUAAACAUACAGUUGCCUACUUAUCAUGCUGCAAUGUUUCUUGGUAAUAGUGAUGGAAAGGGGAUGAGUCUUGUAAUGUUUAUUUAUGAGAAUUUUGAUAAAGACUUCUCUCCUCAAUUCCAGGACAGCAUCAAGAAAAUGGUUGACAAUGAGACGGAAAAAGUUAAAGGAUUCGCAAAGGACUCCACUGCACCUUUUAGAGAAAGACUAAAGAUCUUGGCUGGGAUGGUAAAUCCUGAGGAUCUCGGUCGGAGUUCUGCUGAAAAGAAGCUUGUACAUGCAUAUAAUGACAAACCAGUUCUUUCACACCCCCAACACAAUUUUGACAAGCAAAGCUGA